AUGUCUUCCAUCCAACUCUCAUUCUCUCUCCGCGUCUCUUCUGGCGUCAAGACCGUCCACCUUCUCGGCUCUUGGGACAACUACGUUGGCCAGCUUCCCCUUGCCAAGGACAAGAACUCCAAGUCCGGCACCGCAUGGAAGGGUACCUUCAAGUUCCAGAACUCCACCCUCGAGGCUGGCAAGCGAUACUGGUACUACUACAUCAUCGACGGCUACCACGUCGCUCACAACCCUUCCGUUGAGUCCACCACCGAGCCCACCACCGGCCGAGAGCUCAACAUCCUCGACGUCACCGAGGACGGUUCCAAGUCAUCCCACAAGUCAAGCAGCAAGAGCUCUUCCCGACACUCUUCUUCCAAGGACAAGUCUUCUCGCCACCGUGCUUCCCUGACCGUCGACAUCCCCAAGGGCCGACCUCUCUCCAUCUCCCAGAUCAAGGCCCCCAAGCCCAUGUCUCCUCACGCCACCAAGCACAUCCUCCAGUCCGACUACGAGGAUCUUGAGGAGCUCACUGCCCGCUUCGGCAGCGCCGGCCUCGAAGACGACGUCCUCACCGACUUCAGCACCUCCCCCGUCUCCUCCAACGGCUCCAGCCUCUCGUACCGCUCCGACAGCUCCUCCCCUAGCUCCUCGCUCUCCGGCUACAGCACCCCCAGCUCCGACUGCAGCUCGUGCACCUGCGAGCGCUACGGAAUCACCCGCAAGGGCGAGCGUGUCAAGAUCGACUGUGGCGGCUCCCGAUGCGGCUACGAGGACAGCUCCGACUGUGCUAGCGACGUCAGCGACGACGAGGAGGCCGAGUACGAGGUCUCUGCCCGCCGCAAUGGCAUCAUUGUUGGUUGA